GCAGUCAUCAUGUUUCGUGCACUGUCUAUCGAGCCGAAAAAAAUCGAGGACCGCUCCAAGGAAGAGGUCCGUGCCAAUCUGGUGGUGUUUGCCGUGACUUGUGCCCUGAUCCGAUUCGUUCCAAUUAUGGUUAGGAAAAUAUCAUCAUAGCCAGCGUUCCAGAUCCAGCUAUGAACUCUUGUUAUAUCUUGUGGGUUUCGUUAGUGUGUUAAUGUCAAGAAAACAAGUACCCCAAAAGAAGAAUUUAUUCA